AUGAAGUCCAUGUAUCUUCCCUUUAAUCGCAAUCUGGUUUCCCACGUACGUAAUGAGGCUGCAUGGCUGUGCACAGCAAAUUGCCGAGACAAGAAGUUUUAUUCUCGCGGAGAUCGUGGAUGUGGAUGUGGAUGUGGAUAUGGAUGUGGAUGUGGACGUGGACGUGGACGUGGAUGUGGACGUGGACGUGGAUGUGGAUGUGGAUAUGGAUAUGGAUAUGGAUGUGGAUGUGGAUAUGGAUGUGGUCCAGGUGGUGGAGGCGGUGGUGCUUCUGGAGGAGGUGGUGGUGGACCAGGUGGUGGAGGCGGUGGUGCUCCUGGAGGAGGUGGUGGCGGACCAGGUGGUGGAGGCGGUGGUGCUCCUGGAGGAGGUGGUGGUGGAGGUGGUUUUGGGGAUGGUGAAGGUGGUUUCGGGGAUGGGGAUGGUGUAGGUGGUUUAGGGGAUGGUGUAGGUGUAGGUGGUUUCGGGGAUGGGGAUGGUGUAGGUGUAGGUGGUUUCGAGGAUGGGGAUGGGGAUGGUGAAGGUGGUUUCAGGGAUGGAGAUGGUGCAGGUGGUUUUGGGGAUGGAAAAGGUGGUUUAGGGGAUGGUGAAGGUGGUUUCGGGGAUGGAGAUGGUGUAGGUGGUUUAGGGGAUGGUGAAGGUGGUUUCGGGGAUGGUGAUGGUGUAGAUGGUGUAGGGGAUGGUGAAGGUGGUUUCGGGGAUGGGGAUGGUGUAGGUGGUUUCGGGGAUGGUGAUGGUGUAGGUGGUUUAGGGGAUGGUGAAGGUGGUUCAGGGGAAGGAGAUGGUGUAGGUGGUUUAGGGGAUGGUGAUGGUGUAGGUGGUUUUGGGGAUGGUGGUGGAGGUGGAGGUGGUGGUGAAGGUGGUUUAGGGGAUGGUGAUGGUGUAGGUGGUUUUGGGGAUGGUGGUGGUGGUGGAGGUGGUGGUGAAGGUGGUUUUGGGGAUGGCGGUGGUGGUGGAGGAGGUGAAGGAGGCAGUGGUGGAGGAUAUCGUGGAGGUGGGGGUGGAGAUGAUGGUGAGGGUGGUGGUGGUGGUGGAGGAUACCGUGGAGAUGGUGGUGGCGGUGAUGGUGAGGGUGGUGGUGGUGGGGGAUGUCGUGGAGGUGGUGGUGGGCGAUGUCGUGGUGGUGGUGGGGGAUGUCGUGGAGGUGGUGGUGGGCGACGUCGUGGUGGUGGUGGUGGUGGUGGUGGAGGGCGGGUAAAUAUUGGAGGGAAUGGGAAUGGGAAUGGGAAUGAAGGCAGUGGAGGCAGUGGAAAGGGAAAUGGAAAAAAUAUCUUGUUAUCAUUAACAGGCAAGGAAGAAGAUUUAACCACUUCAUGA